CUAGUGUCUACAGCCCUGAGAAUCCUUCUCAGUCACAUCUCCGUCUCACCUUCUCUUUUUCUCUGCUCAUCUUUCCCACGCGCAGACAAAGAGGUUAUCAGGUUAGGUUAAAGAGAUCAAACUCUGAGAACUGUCUAUCCAUUAUUGCUAGUGGUUUUGCAGCUUCCAAGCUUAUUACAUGGAUGAGAAGUGGAAAAUAUCAAAGAAGGAAGCUUCGGGUAUCCAUUGUUCAUCAAGUUCUUCAAAGUUUUCUUCUCUCACGAGGAGUUUUUCAACGAAGAGCAUAUCUUCCAAGUCUCCUCUCCUUAGGAGUUCUUCACAGAAGAGCCCAUCGUCUUCUUCUUCCUCAUCUAAAUAUCCACUACCCCGAAGUUUUUCGCAGAAGAGCUCAUCUAUUUCCCGUAAAUGUAGUAGCUUGGCCAAGGAACAGAAGGCAAGAUUUUACAUUAUGAGGCGCUGUGUUGCCAUGCUUGUUUGCUGGCAUAAGCAUGGGGAUUCUUGAAGGACAAGAGAUGGAGAUGAUCUUAUAUAUUAUAUAUAAUAUAUAUAGAUCGGUAGGGAAGGAUCCUCCAGGUUCCUUUCCCUCUUCUCCACUUGCUUCUGCAGGAUGGUUCUUGGUCUUGUUUGUCUUGAAACUCAUGGAUUUCCAUCCAUUGGAUCAGGAACAGAUAAAAUGUCACAGAGUUUUCCUUGCUUACCUUCAAUUUUUAGUUCAGUUCAGUUUGUAAUUAUAAAUGAGAGAGAGCUACAAGUUUUAUAGCUGUAAGAAAAGACUAUAUGGACAAAUUGAUUUUCUGUCAAAUCUUUAAACUAGCAAGACUUUUUUCUAAUCUUUUCUUCCUCCUUUUUCACCCUGUGGUUUCUUUUUGUUUUCCCCUUGAGACAUUAAUCAAAAGCAGAUCUCAAUAUCAGGAUGUCUUCUUAACCUCAUUUUCCUUUUGGAGUGGCUUUUGGGUUGGUUUUCUUUUUUGGUUUCCAUUUUCUUCAUUUUUGUGCCUUGAUGACAGAGAGAUUCCUUUCAUCAGCUGUUGCAGCAGCCAUUAUAAUAAUAGGACAUCAUUGGCUAUUGGAUCUGCAUUGGGAAUGAAAGCCAUCUUUUUGCCCCUUUUAGAAAAAGAGGUAGGAAUUUUGAGUUUUCAGUUAAAAGUGAAUGGCAAAUCUUGGAUUGAUCCUUAAAUAAGGAUCUGCUUCUUUUCCUUUCA